AGGGCAGGCCACAAAAAAGAAAUGAAUCAACUAAUUAAUAAUUAUAGUUUUAUAUUAAUAUUAAUAAUUAGCUAGCCCGUGGUAUUACAAAUUAUACUCAACAAAUACUCGCAGCGAAGAAAAGAAAGCUGCCAUCUCUGUUGUAGAUGAAGAGAUAGAGAGAGAGAGAGAGAGAGAGAGAGUUUUGGAGAAGACACAAAAAGGAAAAAGAGAAAUCGGAGAGGAAGACAGAAAGAGAUGUCAGACCUCGACAGGCAAAUUGAGCAACUGAAGAAGUGCGAGCCAUUGAAGGAAUCGGAAGUGAAAGCACUUUGCCUCAAAGCUAUGGAAAUCCUCGUCGAAGAGAGCAACGUUCAACGCGUCGAUGCUCCCGUCACUAUAUGUGGUGAUAUUCAUGGACAGUUUUAUGACAUGAAAGAGCUUUUCAAAGUAGGAGGGGAUUGCCCAAAGACUAACUACUUGUUUCUUGGAGAUUUUGUUGACAGAGGAUUUUACUCCGUUGAGACAUUUCUGCUUCUACUAGCCCUUAAGGUGAGAUAUCCAGAUAGGAUAACACUCAUUAGAGGGAAUCAUGAGAGCCGUCAGAUAACUCAGGUAUAUGGAUUUUAUGAUGAGUGUCUGCGUAAAUAUGGCUCAGUGAAUGUUUGGAGAUAUUGCACCGAUAUAUUUGAUUAUCUAAGUCUGUCAGCACUGAUUGAGAAUAAGGUUUUUAGUGUCCAUGGUGGUCUCUCUCCUGCCAUAUCAACAUUGGAUCAGAUCCGAACAAUUGAUAGGAAGCAAGAAGUACCUCACGAUGGUGCCAUGUGUGAUCUUCUUUGGUCAGACCCUGAAGAUAUUGUCGAUGGUUGGGGGUUGAGUCCACGUGGUGCCGGUUUUCUAUUUGGUGGCAGUGUGGUCACUUCUUUCACCCACUCAAACAAUAUUGAUUACAUAUGCCGUGCUCAUCAGCUGGUGAUGGAGGGGUAUAAGUGGAUGUUCAGGAACCAAAUAGUCACUGUCUGGUCGGCUCCAAACUACUGUUACAGAUGUGGUAAUGUUGCUGCAAUCCUUGAGCUGGAUGAGAAUCUUAACAAGCAGUUUCGCGUGUUUGAUGCUGCUCCACAGGAAUCAAGAGGCGCACCUUCCAAAAAACCAGCACCCGAUUACUUCUUAUGAUAUCCGAUUACAUGAAGUUUCGUCACCUGAGACAAGUGAAUUGAUGCUGGAGAAAAUUUAUGGUGAAGAAAUCUCAGACACAGGGAGAAAUUAUUGGGAAGGUUACCCAAUGAUCAACUCUUGAAAUAAUCAGCAAGAGUUGUACUUUUUUUUUUCUCGCUUGGAUCGUUGGGGUUUGCCUUUCUUUUGCGUCGUUAAAUUUCACCUUUUUUUUAUUUUUUAUUUUUUUUUAUGUCAGUGUAACAGUAAUUAUCCUAUGCAAUGUGUGAUUGGGUCAUGGAAUAUGGGACCCCCUUCCUUCAUUUGCCAGGAUUGCAGGGGCAGUGGUCUUGCAAAAGAAGGUUGCUACACUUGGAUUGCAUGUGAAGGCAAAUAUGAGUUUGGGAAAGAAAAAAAAAAAAAAAAAGGAAA